AUGGAGAGGUGGGGAGUUUGUGAGGCUGCAGGUUUGAAUAGGUGUGGAAAGAGCUGCAGGCUGAGGUGGGUGAAUUACUUGAGGCCUGGCCUGAAAAAGGGUCAAUUAACUCCUCAAGAAGAAGGAAUCAUCAUGGAAUUGCAUGCCCUUUGGGGAAACAGAUGGUCCACUAUAGCAAGAUACCUGCCUGGAAGAACAGACAAUGAGAUAAAGAACUACUGGAGAACUCAUUUCAAGAAGACUAAUAAGCCUUCUUAUCAUGGCACCAACCAAGAAAGGAAGAGUAGCCUCAAACUAAAACAACUGCAGCAACAAACUGAUGAUCAUAGCACAUACAUCAACAAUAAAUUUGCAAAAAACACUAAUCCGACCGAAGUUCCAUAUUCGUGCAGUGUCGACAUUUUUAAUCAUCAAAUGCUACCGAUCCAAGAUAGCAAAUCCUGGUCUGAUAGUAUUCCAGUGGAUUUCGACUUGUGGGGUGGAUUAUGGGACACUGAUGAUCCAAAUGGCUGCAGCAAAAUUGAGGUGCAAAAUCCAGCUAAUUAUUAUUGUCAAGGAGAUCAUAUUGUUCCUCAUGAUGUGCAAAAUUUGAUUGGAGGCUAUAUGCCAUGA